GUGGCAAACAAGGCAAAUGUCGAAAGGUUUCGACACUCGCUGAGACUGACGCCUGAAGCCCGGGCUUUCACGUUCCUUUAUAGUCAAGGCGGGCCCAGUGAAAAUAUUUUAAAACUGCUGGCGGACAUAGACGGAGAGCCCUGUCGACGACGCAGGCAGGAAGUCACGUGGCGACUCCGAG